GUGAGCCCGGAGUUCAGUGCCUACCGCAUGAAUGCGCGGCGAAUAGCCAUAAUAGGCAUGGUGCCUGUCGCCAUGGAGGAUAAGACGCGCCUCACGGAUUGCACGUGGCAUGGCUCCGAUGGGUUGCGUAUCAAUGGAGACCUCACAACCAGCCUUGUGGGCAAGCACCACAACUACAUCUAUGACGUGGCAGUGCUGCUGUGCACAUUGGACAGUGCCACCAAGGCAGGAGGCCACCUGGAGGCGAGGAUAGAGCAGGAGAUAUUGUUCCCGUACAGAGAGGAGGAGAGUGAGCCUUUGGGUCCUCCUUCGGCCCUCCCUCUCAAUGUUGCAGCUUGUGUGGCGCCCAUCCACGGCAGCAUCGAUGCCAGGAGGCUCCUCGAGUGGCUGCACUUCCACCGUGUGCUGCUGCUUCCUCUGGAGGCCUCUUCGCCCCUCCCUCUCAACGUUGCAGCAUGCGUCUCCCCCAUUCACGACAGCAUCGACGCCAGGAGGCUCUUAGAGUGGCUGCACUUCCACCGCGUGCUGCUCCCUGUCGACCGCUUCCUUCCUGCUCUACGAUGCGGGGGGGAACGGGGACAACGGGAAGGCGUGUGGCUCUCAACCAGUCCCUCUCUCCCUGAACCCACACUUCCCUUCGCUUCUCUGCCUCUCUCCCUCCCCGUCCUGCAGCCACUGGAAGCGCCAUCCCCUCUCCCGCUGAACGUUGCAGCAUGCGUCUCCCCCAUCCACGACACCAUCGACGCCAGGAGGCUCUUAGAGUGGCUGCACUUCCACCGCGUGCUGCUCCCUGUCGACCGCUUCCUGCUCUACGAUGCGGGGGGCAUCGCGGGCAACGGGGAGGCAGGCCCGGGGCACAAGGAGGUGCAGCGGGUGCUGGCGCCAAGGGUCAAGAGGGGCAUGGUGGACGUGACGUGGGGGUUCCGAGAGGUGCUGCAGUGGGACGUGUGGAACUACGGGGAGGUAUGUACUUGGGGAGGGGGCGAGGAGCAUCUUGCCAUCCAGGACUGCAUAUACCGGACACGCAACGCCGCCCGCUGGCUGCUCGUGUCUGACAUCGACGAGUACCUCCAAAUCCCGCCACCCCUCUCGCUGCCAGCGUUGCUACAGGAGCACGAGUCGCUCCCAUGGCUGACCUUUGGCGCUACAGCCUUCAACGGCUCAUUCUGCUCGCCGCUGCAGCUGCCACCGCAGGCAGCAGGGGGAGGGGAGGGGGAGGGGGAGGGUGGGGGAGGGGGCGAGGGGAAUGGGGGCGGGGAGGAGGGGGAGGAGGAGAGGAAGCGGGCUGCUGCGAUGGCUGCUAAUGAGGCCAAAGCUGCUUUUGCUGUGGAAAGGAUGCGGUUCAGGUGGCCCCACCCGGUGUGCUCUGCUACAGAUGUCUACAGCGCCAGCCAAUGCCUGGACGAGGAAGGCUCACGGCGCUACAUCCUCGACCCGCGCCGGGCUAUCACUGCCACAGCCAAUAGCGUCGCGUCGUCCCGCCCGGGGAUCAACCUACCCGUGGAGACCGCCAGGCUGGCACGCUUCCCUGGUAUCAGCCAAUCAGGGUUCGCCACAUGUACACUGGGCGAGCCGAGCGACAGUUGGUGGGAGAAGGAGGAGGGGGUGGCUGCACUGGCAGAGGCGGCGAGGAGGUGUCCGGCUUUAAAGCCAUGGACGAAAGGGGCAUCUGCUGAGUGUGAGAACCACCCACUGGGAGGUCUCUCACAUGUGGUAGUCAUGCCUGCCGAGCAAACUCCUCAAUCUCCUGCGGUAGUGCGUAAUGGCCUUUCUGUGCUGGGAGUUAUUCCUCCCCCUUCUGAGACAUACAGCGUGCCCAUCUCGCCGUUGCCACCACCCGCUUCUCCCGUGCGUAGUGUGGGUAUUGUAUACCCGUUCGAGCCGCCGUCGACUCCUGCUGACUGGGAGCCGCACCCGUCAAUUGUUAUCGUGCCAGGCGGUGGUGAAGGGUCGUCUAGACCCUCCGCGGCUUCACCGUCCACUAUCGACGUCACGCUCGUGUCUCAUCUCGUGGACCAAACACGGAUGCGCAUCAAGAACCGGUACUUAAACUUUGAGCCGGAUCAUCACUUCGGGAGUGGAGAGAAGAUGACACUGAACGACUUCAUUCAGCGUCAUCAGAAGAUGGAAAAGCGGGAGGUGAAGGCAGAGGGCGUGGACAGUGACGGCAACCUUGUGGAAUUCAGCUAUACGCUGCACGAGAAUCCCAUCGAAGGGCAGGAGACGGACGGAGAUGUAACGGCUUGUUUCGAGCUGUCGCUGAAGUUUGUGCGUGCUGUCGACAAGGAGCUGGAGUGGCGGAUGAAAGACCUGGAGGAGCUGGAGGGGUGUAAGCUAUUUUGCGUUGUUUUCCCAUCUGCUUCUGCUUUAUUCAGUCGAGGCAUCGACCCGCACACCCAUCUGGCCAUGCCCUUCAUGGGGACAGAAUCAUGCGAUGAUUUCUAUUCGGGCCAGGCAGCAGCACUGGCAGGAGGCACCACCUUCCACAUUGACUAUGUGCUGGGAGCCACGCCCGCUUCAGGGGGCGAUCUGCUGCGGAUCCUGGAGGAGUAUGAGGGGAAGGCGAAGGGCAAUGCCGUGAUGGACUAUGGGUUUCACAUGGGUGUCACACGGUGGAGUGAGGAGGUGGCAAGGGACAUGGAGGAGGUCGUGAAGCGAGGCAUCAACUCGUUCAAGUUCUUCAUGGCGUACAAGGGCGCUCUGCAGGUGGACGACCAGCAGCUACUCGAUGGCUUCACUCGCUGCAAGCACCUCGGCGCCAUCCCCCAGGUGCAUGCAGAGAACGGCGAUGCAGUGGUGUGGGGGCAGCAGCACAUAUUCGACCUUGGGAUCACCGGCCCCGAAGGCCACCCCUUGUCCCGCCCUCCUGAGGUGGAGGAGGAGGCGACUGGCAGGGCCAUUCGGCUGGCGAAUGUGGUGGGCGUGCCGCUGUACGUGGUGCAUGUCAUGAGCGCUGGGGCUGCCAGGGAGGUGGCCGAGGCCAGGCGAAGAGGGCAGCGCGUGGUGGGGGAGCCAGUGGUGUCGGGCAUUGCUCUCAACGAUUCCCACCUCUGGUCGCCUGAUUUCAAGCACGCCGCUCAGUUUGUGAUGAGUCCACCCAUCCGCUCAGCAGAGCACGUGGCAGCAGUCAAAGCAGCACUCGCCACUGGCACGCUGCAGCUGGUGGCGACGGACCACUGCCCCUUCAACUCGACUCAGAAGGCCAAGGGGCGCCAUGACUUCCGCCUCAUUCCCAACGGGGUCAAUGGCAUAGAGGAGCGCAUGCACAUAACUUGGGAUGUGAUGGUGAAUUCGGGUCUCAUGUCACCUAGUGAUUAUGUCCGCAUCACAAGCACGGAGUGCGCAAGGAUAUUCAACCUGUACCCGCAGAAGGGCGUGGUGGCGGAGGGAUCAGAUGCUGAUGUGAUCGUGUUGAAUCCGCGAGGCAGCACCACCAUCAGUGCUACCUCUCACCACUCCCGCAUUGACACCAAUGUCUAUGAGGGUUGGCGCAUGCAGGGCAAUAUUGAGGUGACGGUGAGCCAGGGCAGGGUGGUGUGGCGACACGGGCGGCUGAACGUCACACGUGGGGCGGGGCGGUUUGUCCCCAUGCGGCCAUUCGGCCCGCUGUUCCACGGCAUGCAGGCGAGGGAUGCCGCCCGCCGGCAUUCAUACCACGCCCCUGUGAGGCGAGAUGAAGACGUGGGUGCUGCUGCUGACGUCUAG